AGAAGACUAUUGAAGCCACCUGCUCAGGACAAUGAAACUCUUCAGCUAUAUUUUGGUUUAUCGCAAGUUUCUGCUCAUAGCUUUCACUCUGUUGGUUUUACUGCCCCUGCCUAUCAUCCUCCGCACCAAGGAAGCAGAAUGUGCCUACGUACUCUUUGUUGUUGCCAUAUUUUGGCUUACAGAAGCUUUGCCUCUCUCCGUCACAGCCUUGCUACCUGGGUUAAUGUUCCCAUUGUUUGGGAUCAUCCCUUCUAAGACGGUGGCAUCUUCUUAUUUCAAAGAUUUUCACCUACUGCUAAUUGGAGUCAUCUGUUUAGCAACAUCAAUAGAAAAAUGGAAUUUGCACAGAAGGAUUGCUCUGAGAAUGGUGAUGAUGGUGGGUGUGAACCCAGCAUGGCUGACAUUGGGGUUCAUGAGCAGUACCGCCUUCCUAUCUAUGUGGCUUAGCAACACCUCAACUGCUGCCAUGGUGAUGCCCAUCGCAGAGGCUGUGUCACAGCAGAUCAUGAGUGCUGAAGCAGAAGUCGAGGCCACUCAGAUGACUUAUUUCAAUGGAUCAACCAACAAUGGCCUGGAAAUUGAUGAAAGUGUUAAUGGAGAGGAAACAAAUGAGAGCAAAGAGAAAACAAAACCAGUUCCAGGACACAGUAAUGAUACAGAAAAAAAUUCAAGCAAGAUGGAGGUGGAACAGAACGCAGGCACAGGAAACAAAUAUCGAACAGAGAAGGACCACAUGAUGUGUAAACUUAUGUGCUUGUGCAUUGCUUACUCUUCCACCAUUGGUGGACUGACAACCAUCACUGGUACCUCCACCAACUUGAUCUUCGCUGAGCAUUUCAAUAUACGCUACCCUGACUGUCGUUGCAUCAACUUUGGAUCAUGGUUUAUGCUCACCUUCCCAGCUGCUAUUAUUAUUCUACUCUUGUCCUGGAUCUGGCUUCAGUGGCUUUUCCUAGGAUUCAAUGUUAAGGAGAUGUUCAAAUGUGGCAAGACCAAAACAUUCAGACAAAAGGCUUGUGCCGAGGUGAUUAAACAAGAAUACCAAAAACUUGGGCCAAUAAGGUCUCAAGAAAUUGUGACCUUGGUCCUCUUCUUGGUAAUGGCCCUGCUGUGGUUUAGCCGAGAUCCCGGCUUCAUUUCUGGCUGGUCUGUGCUUUUCUCAGAGUAUCUCGGUUUUGUUACAGAUUCAACCGUUGCCUUACUUGUAGGACUCCUAUUCUUUCUUAUCCCAGCUAAGACAUUGACUAAGACUACACCUACAGGAGAAAUUAUUGCUUUUGAUUACUCUCCACUGAUUACUUGGAAAGAAUUCCAGUCAUUCAUGCCCUGGGAUAUAGCGAUUCUUGUUGGUGGAGGGUUUGCCUUGGCAGAUGGCUGUGAGAUAUCGGGACUAUCUAAGUGGAUAGGAAAUAAAUUAUCUCCUCUAGGGUCAUUACCGCUAUGGCUGAUAAUUCUGCUGUCUUCCUUGAUAGUCACAUCGUUAACAGAGGUAGCCAGCAAUCCAGCUACCAUUACCCUCCUUCUCCCAAUAUUAUCGCCAUUGGCUGAAGCCAUUCAUGUGAACCCUCUUUACAUUUUGCUACCUUCUACUCUGUGUACUUCAUUUGCAUUCCUCCUUCCAGUAGCAAAUCCACCCAACGCUAUUGUUUUUUCAUAUGGCCAUCUAAAAGUUAUUGACAUGGUUAAAGCUGGACUUGGCAUUAAUAUUGUGGGUGUUGCUGUGGUGAUGCUUGGCAUAUUCACCUGGAUCGUGCCCAUGUUUGACCUCAACACUUACCCUUCUUGGGCUCCUUCACUUAUUAAUCAGACCAUGCCAUGAAAAGCACAAAUACUCUGACUAUCCUGUGGUGAGUUUUGGGAACCAUUAAGAAUUCACUGCAAAAUUUGGCUCUGGAAAGCUGCUGACAUUUAAAUGAAACCUGGUGUGGCUGCUGCAGUCCAGUGAACAUCUAAAACCUGCCGUCAUAACUCAGAGUCUACAUUUCUUUUGAGAUGCAACCAAAGAACAUCUAUGUGCUUUCAAUGAGAAGCCCAUGGUGGAGAUCUUGCUCAUGGACCAUAUGCAUCUUGCUUCAUCAUAAGAAUCAUUUAUAACUUGACCUUCAAAGAGAAUUGGUUAUUUGCUUCAUCUUACACUUUGGGUUCUGUGUAACAUUUCAAAUGUCAAUUUAUUAUUUGAGAAACUUCCCUUGAAGCUAAAAAUUAAAAAAUACACAAAUUAA